GUAUAUCUGGAAGAAUCUAUUUAAGUUACAUAACCCAUAUAUGGCCUUAGCCAAUGGAACAAAAGGUGCGUUGUCACCAAAUAUUACAAAAUAACACUUGGAUUGUUAUGCUCUGAGUCAUAGUGAAAACUGCUAUGUACACAGGUCUUGCUCUCGAUUCAUGCUGAAUGGCUGACAUUUCAUACAAAAAACUGACAAAUGUCUUUGUGUAUAAUAAAAAGUAAUUGACUUAGUGGGGUUUCAUGUUCUGCUCAAGUACACAUUGUCACCAAUAAGUUAAUAAUGGUUAGGGGGGAAUUGCACAUUGGCCACAUCUCAAUCUAGACCACCUAUCAGUAUCCAUUACAACACGCGUUAAUGAUUUUUCCUUUACAGCGAGGGUUGUUUGAUAAUGAAGGGCGUGUAAAGUGUUAAGUAGCUAUUCAUCAAGUGAAACAUGUCGGCUAUCCCAUCCGUGGAACAGAAACCAGACAUCACUGGAUUGCUCAAUCAUAAAACGUUGCAGCAAAUGCAGUGACAACCUUACAUUUUAAACAGUCUGUGUUGUCACUAAAUUUAAGCGGCCUAUUUUAAAAUCGUUUGAAGAAUCACUACACUGUUAGGAGAUGAUGUGUAGAUUUCACUCGCUUGCGGAGCACAUGUAGCGCUCAUGAGUUAUUAAAAUCAAUUUCGUUUAGAUUCAUGUUGUUGAAGAACAACACAAUACGAAGUUACGAUUGUUUGUACCAAACAUUAUCUACACACACAGCAUUUUCGACACUGAAAGGUUUUGAUGUAGGCGCUAAAUGACAUCUGUAUCUGUGUCAGAUUUGUUUGUAGACGCACCUGUUGUAAUUCCCGGAAGUAGUGCCCUAGAAGGCGUCAAGUUGUAACAAGCUACGUAUGUUCGGUAGGUGAGGAAUCCGAGACAAAAAUCCAGUCGAACUUGAUAUGUUAAUGUGGGGACUAUAAUAACCGGGACUAGUUCAUUGUCAUCGCAGUGCAAACUGGAGCGCAGAGCCAAAGGGACCGAUAACCUUGAGGGAUAAGCCGUUAUUAGUUUCAAUAAAGUUAUUCCUCGUCUAUAGACUAGCUGGCGCGUAACCGCACUACGCUUGGAUACUUAUAGUAAGAAACGACAUCAACGCUGACUCUCCGUUGAAUUUGGAGUAGCUAUAUAAAAUUAAUUUGUGGAACUUUGGAAUUUUAUCUAAAGAAUUCCAGACAUGUCGCGGCGGGGUUCCAUGGCGAUACCGCAAGAAGCAGAUUUUUCUGACUUCAGAAAACAAUGCUUGUCGACGGAGGGCUGGUAUAGCAAAUACGAGAAGAACGGAAUGGAGGUAUGGGUUGAAAUGCCCUCGUUGACAUCGACAAAAGGAGAGAAAAACAACAUCCAGAAAGUGCACAAGAUCAAGUGCAGGAUGGCGAUCAACGACGUGUCAGCGGCCGCCAUGUACGACGUGCUACACGACGGCCAGUACCGCAAGAGCUGGGAUCCCACGAUGCUGGAGAGCUUUGACAUCGCACGCCUCUCCGCCAACGCAGACGUGGGCUACUACUCCUGGAUUUGUCCGAAGCCGCUGAAGAACAGAGACGUGGUGACGUUACGCUCGUGGCAGGUGAACGGCGACGAAUACCUGAUCGUCAACUGCUCCGUCAAACACCCGAAUUACCCUCCUCGUAAGGAUAUGGUGCGAGCCAUCUCCAUAUUGACCGGCUACAUGGUGAAGUCCACCGGCCCCAACAGCUGCAUCUUCACAUACCUGUCACAAGCCGACCCCAAAGGUUCCCUUCCAAAAUGGGUCGUAAACAGAGCCUCUCAGAUCUUGGCUCCCAGAGUUAUGAAGUGUUUGCACCAGGCAGGACAGUCCUACCCAGAGUGGAAGCGGCAGAACAGCCCGGACUGUAAGCCAUGGCUGUACCCGGAGCAGAACUCCCUGCCGUACAUGAACCCAUCCGACCUGGUGAUCCAGCGCGGCGAUUCGCUGGAGAACGUAGACGAGAGCUCGCUGCUGGACAUCCAGGCGAACGAGACCGCCGAGGACAGCAGCUAAGCGGCGGGGGCGAGGGGGGGAAGGGGGGGCGGCGUACGCGACCCCCGGCCCCGCAUCACAGGACGGACGCAUGGAUGGACACACCCACGCUUGCACAGAUUCAGGUCCUGGUUCUCAGAAUCCUUCACCCAACACCCGACACUGUAUUCAGCACCCAACGUGUGCCUGUUUACCUGCACGCACCAUUCAACACUUUUGUUCUUCAGUGGAGUUAACUUCUCCAGUUAAUGGCAUUAGUCUUUUUCUUUAAACCCUGUUUUUUAACCCAAAUGCUUAUAAUGUCUGUACAUACCCUGUUUGAGAGAGCACACGGUUGUGCGAAAGAAUUAGAAUUGUUUACAGGUAUUGUACCCUGUGGAGCAACUCUGCUUGGCCUGCUCUUCUUAGGACUUGAAAUUCUUGUCCUUUCAGUGUUUUUGCAUUUGACCAAACAGGUCAUUUCCUUUGACCUCUGUUUGUCCAUUGGGGAUACACAGUAUUGCUGUAUGCAGUGAAGGGAUUUACAGUUUACAGGAAAGUAAGACUAUGAACAAUAUCAAAAGAGGCCUUAGACAUUAGCAGGUUUGAUUAUUCAUCUAAUAUCGUUACUUUGGGGGGAAAUGUUUUGAUCUGCAUAAAAUUCUAGCCUGUGUUUAAUAUUGCCUGUCUGACUUAAAUUGAAUUGAGUAUUGUUUUCUUUGGACGUUAACAAAAAUGCUACGUGCAAAUGGGUGGUUGAAGAAUGUAAUGUAAGCUAAAUGAAGUAUUACUGUUGCUUUUUUUCCCUCAGUUUUUAGAGAUGUAUUUAUCACACUAAACUGUUUUACUGAGAUUUUACACACUGAGAAUGUGUACAGUGUGUGCUCUAGCACUGAUUCUUCUUUUGUAGUGAAGUGGCUGUUAUCUACGCACACAAUGUGCUUAUUCAGAACAUUACUGUACAACCAAUACUGUUACCACUAUCAGUGGUGUGGCCCGAGCAGCCAGAGCGCACAACAGUUCCACACACUGGUUUCCUGAUGAUGUUGUGAUCCAACUUCCUGUUUUAACUCUGAAACUUAAAACAUUGACAGUGGUUUCUGAUGUAGUUACUGCAUGCACAACAUGGGAUUUCUGUGAAAUUCGAGAUGUUGAGAUGGCUUCAGCUAAGUAAUGAUACAGGAUUGACAGUCCUGAUAGUUGAAACUAUUUUUUAGGAGCAAGUAACACAAAUUUAGUUCGACGUCAGCCUUCCGCAAAUGGGUCAAGUUGUUAGUUUCCGUGGAGCCUUCUCGUGUUUAAAUUGAAUUUCUGUUAAAAUAAUUUGUCUGAUUUAGUGUUUGACUUGCCGAAAAGGCAACUGUUAUGAAGAGUAUUUGAAGAAAAAUGUAAUAUGAAAGCUCUUGAAAACAACCCAUUAAUGUGGUCAAUUGUCAUGAGGUUCAGACUAGAACUUGCAGGAGUUAUUGAGAACGCUGUGAAGUCCCUUGGUUUUAGGUUUCGCCCGUGGUGCUGUAAAGGCUAACCUUCCAUCUUGUCGUAGAUGAAUGUGGGGCAACAAGUUUGACAGCCUUGAGUGCAAAGGCAACUUGGUUUUUAUAAGUGCCUGUUUUUCUCAGGUUGCCUCAAUCAGGGAUGGAUGCGUAGCAUGUGCAAUCUGCAGAAAUGUAAUUUAAUAUCCAAAUUACUGUAUAUUUUGACAUAAUUGUUUUCACUGUGAGACAUAUCUGAUAACUUUAUAUUUAUUAGAAUGUUCAAUAAAUUAAAAAUUAAACAGCU